AUGGACGUGGCACCUUCGCCGGUGCCGCCGGCCCGGGACUGGUCGGAGCUUCCCAUCGACGUGCUUUCUUUCCUCUUCACCAAGCUCGGCGCCAUCGACGUCCUCAUGGGUGGGGGCCUUGUGUGCCACUCGUGGCUCCAGGCGGCCAAGCUGCCCGACGUGUGGCGAUGCGUGAAGAUGGAGGGCCACAAGUUCGUGCGGAGGUUCAAGUAUUCUGCCAGACUGUUGGCGAUGGCCAAGGUGGCCGUCGACCGCUCCGACGGGCAGCUUCAAAUGUUUGCGGGAGAGCGUUUUGUUACCAAUGAGCUCCUCAUCUAUAUUGCUCAAAGGUCGCCCUCGCUGAAGAGUCUUUGCCUCAAAGACUGCCACGACAUCACUGACGAAGUAUUCAUCGAGGUGAUGCAAAAGUCGCCUCUGGUAGAGCUGCAGUGUCUUGAGGUCGCCGAUAUUCAACUCUCCAAUCAAGGGCUGACGGCCAUACUCGACAACUGUCCUUGCCUGGAGAUCGUUGAUAUUUACAAUUGCUGCGAGAUCGAGAUCGACGACGAAGAAGUCCUGCGAGCAAAAUGUGACAGGAUCAAGACUUUCCACAUGGGUAACCAAUGGGACUAUGCAGCCGAUCAUGGUUAUGAUUAUGAGUACAGUUAUUAUGACAUCCAUGACACUUAUUAUGAUUCUAAUGAUUCCAAUGACUCCGAUGACUCGUGGUCAUCAGAGGAUGCAAGCAUUGAAUCCUGGACUACGCCAGAACCGAUUUCAUCUAGUGAAGUGACAUGGAUGCACCGGACAUUGCUGGCCCGCUAG